AUGGCUCGAGUCCCGCUGCUGCUCGAGGGAAACCUGACUGAUGGAUGUACUCUGGAAGAGGCCCUUCACUUCAUUCACACAUCGCCGAUGCCGAUUAGUCUUCUGCUCAACCGAAAUCUGCAGAAUUAUCGAGCAUUUCUGGAAGGUCAGUCUUCUAAUGACAAUUUUUAUGUGCGAGCCAACUUCAACUUGGCAGCAACUAGAGACCUGGAAACCAUGCCACCGCUGCGAGGCGGCCCAUUUAUGCCAAUUAGGAAAGGUGACAUAUUUCAGAUUGUCAAUAGUCUGCCGGAUGAUACGUCUGGGCGUCAGCCACAAGUUGCUGCAAGAAGCGGUUCUUUGUUGAUGAGCAAACACUGA